AUGUUAUCAUCUAUAUUAACAGCCGGUUGCCGAUCUCGGGGUUUUAAUCGCCUAAAGCUAAUAUCCGAAACCAACCAUGUGGAAAAGAUAGCGAAUUUUAAUCCUGCCGGAUCUUCAAAACUUACGAACUGUCUCUUUUCAACGAUUGCCGGUGCGGACCGUUGGGAAGAUGGCUUACCUUCGAAAUUCAGUAACACUCCACCGAAAGAUGCACGGGUUGUCAUUUGUGGAGGUGGUAUUAUGGGUGCUGCCGUAGCGCAUCAAUUAGCACAAAGAGGAUGGGGCCAGCAUACAGUUCUGAUUGAAAGAGGACGAAUUGGCGAAGGCAAUCCACUGCAUUUUAGUGGUUUACUUGGCGAGUUAAAACCAACCCAUUCCCAAGUGCUGCUUGCUCAAACAUCGCUGAAAUUAAUUCGGGAUUUGCAUGCCAAAGGUCUUCCCACAGGAUGGAAACAAACGGGAUCGUUAAACCUGGCUCGUACACGCGACCGCAUGACCAUGUUCCGACGUAUGAAAUCGCAAAGCGUGGCUUGGAAUGUAGAGUGUGAAAUUGUAACACCAGAAAAAUGCAAAGAACUAUGCCCAUUAAUAGACAUUAGUGACGUAGUAGGAGGAUUAUGGAUUCCCAACGACGGUGUUGGAAAUCCUAAUGCUUUCUGCCACAGUUUGGUACAAGAAUCUCUAGAAAAGGGUCUAACGGUUGCGGAAAACUGUUCAGUUGCUAGAGUUAUACAAAAAGAUGGUCGAAUUAAAGCGGUCGAAACUUCUAAAGGCACCGUGGAAUGUGUGUACUUCGUGAAUUGUGCUGGGUUCUGGGCGCGACAAGUGGGACAAAUGUCGGAACCGUACGUUAAAGUACCAUUGCACGCGGCUGAACAUUAUUACCUUCAUACCAAACCGAUUCCCGAACUCGGUGAAACAUUUCCCGUUGUGCGGGAUUUGGACGGACACAUUUACUUCCGUGAAAAUGACGGCUGCCUGUUGGCCGGUGGGUUCGAAGCAAAGGCGAAACCUGCCUAUGAAGAUGGGGAAAUACCUGUUUCAACAGCUGAACGCAAACUUUUACCGGAUUGGGAUCAUUUUCAUCCGUUGUUAGAGGAGCUCCUGCGUCGAUGCCCAUCGCUUAAAGAUGUGGCACUGGAAAGACUUUCCAACUGUCCAGAAGCGUUUUCCCCGGAUUGUAAGUGGAUCAUUGGGGAAGCUCCCGAGAUACAAAAUUAUCUGGUUGCUGCUGGAAUGAAAACUGUUGGAAUGUCUGCAGCUGGAGGUGUAGGCCGUGCAAUAGCGGAUAUAAUAACACAAGGUUAUUCGACAGUAGACCUUCAUGAACUAGAUAUUUCCCGAUUUUUGGGCUUGCAUAACAAUCGAAAGUUCCUUCGUGAUCGUGUCCGCGAGGUGCCUGGAUUACAUUACGAUCUCAACUAUCCGUUUCAUGAAUUCCGCACCGGACGUAAUCUACGCAUGUCGCCCAUUUUCCCCGCACUAAAAGAAGCCGGGGCUGUCUUCAGUCAAGUGAUGGGCUACGAACGACCCGCGUGGUUUGAUAAGAAAAAUGCCACCGAUGAGAAGGGUAGUCCAAAAUUUCGUAUUGCCACGACCAACGGCUUUGGCAAACCGCAUUGGUUCGACCAUGUACAGAGCGAGUACGAAAAUUGCCGAGAAAGAAUCGGAAUGAGUGAUUACAGCACGUUUACAAAGAUCGAUCUAUGGUCCAAAGGAAACGAAGUGGUCGAUUUGCUACAGUAUCUUUGUUCGAACGAUGUGGAUCAACCGGUCGGAUCCAUAAUUCACACUGGUAUGCACAACCGUCACGGAGGUUAUGAGAACGAUUGCUCGUUAGCACGAUUAUCAGAGAACCACUACAUGAUGAUUGCACCGACGGUACAGCAAGCCCGAUGCAAAGCAUGGAUUGAACGACAUCUACCACCUGGAGGACGGGUCAGUGUGUCGGAUGUUACGUCGAUGUACACCGCAAUAUGUAUCAUGGGACCUUUCACACGCAUCAUGCUUUCCGAGCUUACGGAUACAGACCUGUCGCCGAAAAGUUUUCCAUUUUUCACUUGUAAGGAACUGGAUGUCGGUCUUGCAAAUGGAAUUAGAUCAUUGAACCUAACGCACACCGGAGAGCUCGGUUACGUGUUGUACAUACCUAACGAAUUUGCGUUACACGUGUACACCAAGCUAAUGGAAGCAGGUCAAAAGUAUGGAAUACGCCACUGUGGCUACUACGCCAUGAGAACGCUACGUGUAGAAAAGUUUUUUGCAUUUUGGGGACAGGAUUUGGACACGUUCACUACUCCGUUGGAGUGUGGUCGAAUGUGGCGUGUGAAGUUCGAUAAAAAAGUAGAUUUUAUCGGAAAAGAAGCAUUGCUCCAACAGAGAGAUAAAGGUGUGGAGCGGAUGUACAUACAGUUGCUAAUCAACGAUCACGAUCCAGAUCUCGAUCUGUGGAGCUGGGGCGGUGAGCCAAUAUAUCGCGAUGGGUUGUAUUGUGGACAAACUACCACCACGGCCUAUGGAUUCACCUUCAAAAAACAGAUUUGCCUUGGAUUCGUUAAAAACUUACACUCAAGUGGACGGGCGCUUCCAGUAACGAAUGACUAUGUGCUAAGUGGAGAUUACGAGGUGGAAAUAGCCGGAAUUCGUUAUCCUGCAAAAGCUAACCUUCACUCUCCCAACUUACCCACCAAGUAUCCGGAUCAAGAACGCGAAGCGUAUAAGGCAACGCGCGACAAAACGGACGAGUCGAAUCUUUUGGCGUAUCGGCCCAAUAAGUAG